UGGUGCCUGACUUCGUUGAGUAGAUAAACCUUGACUACGUGGCUCAAUUCCAUUUGCUACGCUUCCAUUGCCUCCCCCCCAUCAAGAUAAUAUCAGGAACAAACAAAAACUAUUUGGCAAUGGCAUCAUUUCAUGGGUUUUAACAAACAAAAACUUUUAGAAUCUGGAUAUUCGCUACAAUCUCAUAGAAUUGGAGGAGAGGGUGGCCUUUUCCACAUUUUCUCUCUUUUUAUCUAUGGCUCCUACUCUCACCUCCAAUUCAUUUCUUCUAAACACUACACCUCAUUCUAGGCUAACCUUCAAGAAAAAAAGGCUCACAAUCUUUGCCAAGCAGGCUGGUCCUUUCCCUUCACUUCGUUUUGGCAAGAACAAUGGCUCAUCAUCCUCAGAAGAGCCCCAACCUGAUGGUUCAGCUAAUACCAAUCCUCUUCGUUUUGACUUUGGAAAGAUACCAGACGUGAAGUCUUUGAUACCGGCUGUGAAUAAUCCUUCUACAGCCUUAUCAUUUGGGAACCAAAGACGUAAGGACCCCGGCACGGUGUUUGUUGCCGGUGCCACCGGCCAGGCUGGAAUUCGCAUUGCACAAGUUUUACUGCGUGAAGGUUUUAUUGUUAGGGCUGGGGUGCCUGAGCUUGGUUCUGCCCAAGAGUUGGCUCGUCUUGCUGCCCAAUACAAGAUCAUAUCAAACGAAGAAUCGAGACGCAUCAACGCGGUCCAAUCCACCUUCCAAGACACCGAAUCAAUCGCCAAGGCGAUCGGAAAUGCUAGCAAGGUUGUCGUCACGAUCGGGCCCGCAGAAAACGGUCCCACUUCCGAAGUCUCCACAUCAGAUGCAUUGCAAGUGAUCCAAGCCGCCCAGCUGGCAGGAGUAAGCCACGUGGCUAUAAUCUAUGAUGGGAGCAUAGCGAGCUUAUCAACAUACAAUGUACUGGAUGGAAUCUCUUCAUUCUUUAACAACUUGUUCUCACGAUCACAGCCGUUGUCUGUGCCUGAGUUUUUGCAAAAAGUAAUCGAAACGGACGUCAGAUAUACAUUCAUAAAGACAAGUUUGACCGAAGAUUUUUCACCAGAGAAGUCAUAUAAUGUUGUGGUGUCAGCUGAAAGAAGCGCCAGUGUAAACGACUACAAAGUAGCCAAGUCCCAGAUAGCAUCUCUAGUGGCAGGUGUUUUCUCAAACACAGCAGUGGCAGAAAAUAAGGUUGUGGAAGUUUUUACGGAUCCAUCAGCCCCCUCAAAGCGUGUAGACGAGCUUUUCAGUGCCAUUCCUGAGGAUGGAAGAAGAAAGGCUUAUGCAGAAUCACUUGCAAAAGUCAGAGCAGAGGAAGAGGCAAGGGUAGCAGCUGAGAAAGCUCGUGAAGCAGCUGAAGCAACAAAGAAACUCGAAGAAGAGGUGAAAAAGCUUUCAAAGCAAGAAGCUCGUGCUGCUAGUCUGGCCGAGGAAGCUCAAGAGAAGGCUGAUGCUGCAGGAACUUCAAUGGAAAACCUUUUGAGCAAAGCCAAAGACUUUGGUUCAGGGCUAUCCUGGAAAAGUUUUAGUUCCCAGCUCACAAUUCCAGGUCAAAACCCUGAAGAGAAACCGGACGUGCAGCUUGCAACUGUUAGGGGACAGGCCAAGGCUCGUUCUUUGCCGGCCCAGAAAGCAGUUGUUAAACCACCUAGCCUAAAUUUUCCUUCUUUCAAACCAAAGGAGAAGCCAGAGCCAAAGCCAAAGCCAAAGGGCAAACAGACAGAGGAAAAUAAAGAAGUCAGGAAGGUGUUUGGUGGCCUGUUUUCACAAGAAACCGUAUACAUUGAUGAUGACUGAGAUGAUACUUUGUGAUCAUUUCUGCUCUUUAAGUAUGUUUUGGUGCAGAUGUGGUGUAAUUUGUAAUGUUUGUAAUUUUAUUAUUGUUGAAAGGCUGUAUUUAUGAGUUUCAGAAAGAAACGUGUACUGGUUUAAGGAUAGCUUAUAAUAAGUUUCUUUAAUCUUGUUGACUGUUA